CAUUCGACUGCACUUGACUAGGUUGUCAGGCCUCUGGAACCAGGUGUGAGUGCGCCGGUGCCGUCGAAGCUCUUGCUCAAACCGUGAGCUGGACUGACGCUGCAUUAACAGCAAAGGACCGGCUCUCAUUUCUCCCGCCACAAAGCGCAUCACAGCAUCCAGUUAAUACCUCUGAGAUUCUCUCCCAACAGGACCAUCCUUUAUAUUUUUUCUUUUUCUUAAAACGUUCACCAGCAUCACAACACCAUGUCAACACCAACUCCGGGAAAGCAGAACCCGCUGUCGCAGGGUAGGACACCGCAGCCUCCCCACGGUGCUGCCGCGACCCCCUCGGUCUCGACGCCUUUUUCAGCCAACCAGGCCGCCUUCUCUCCCCUUGGCCCAAGAUCAUCGCCGCAACAAACUAAGAAGUCGUCGCCCGCAACCCUGGGUCGCUCCAUGAUGGGCUCCGUUAACUUCGACAGUCCGUCGACUGCCGCUGCCCUUAUGGACAUUAAUGCUGCCUUGGACCUCGGCCUGCAGACUCUCAAUAACCUGAGUACAUCUAAGGAGGAUGAGAUGGCCAGGAAACUGGAUAAUGUCAUUGCUAUCCUCAGUCGGAGCAAAGGCUUGGUCAGUGAGGCUGGCUUGGAGAGACUGGCAAAGAAACUCGAUCUGGAACACAUAUGGGAGGGCAGCGAUAGCAAGAGGACCCUUAUCAUAGCUGGUUCCACGCUUGAACUGCUCAUUGAGUUUUGCAACGACGUUGUCCAGUCGGUGGCACUGAGCUUCCCCGACUCGGCCGAGAUUGUCAGCAGGCAUGCUGAAGCCGCCGGCGAGAUUCUCUUCAACGACCUCCGGCUUCGCAAAGGCCAGAGUCCGCUGACCAAAUCGCUCGAGGACGUUGUCGCCAACUUUGAGCGGUUGGCUGUUCUGGAUAAGCUGAGCAUCAUGCCCGGCCUUAACUUGUUCGAGGCAGUUGCUGGAAUCUAUGAAAGCCUGUGCCGUCUCCACGCGUGGGAGUUGCAGAAAGCUCGCGAGGAUGCUUCGGCCGAAGCCAGGGCCCGCGAACACUAUCUCGAGAACCUCGUCACUUGCACAAAAAGUGGAAGGCCAAUUAUGAACGCGAGGGGGCGCGUGGGCAUGACGCUCGAGUACUGGAAGGAAGACUGGCAGAUCCCCUUCAAGAAGCCGAACCUGCUGAAGUGGGCCGAAGAGAUAGGCAAACGGAGAUGGAGCAUCCUGAUUGACUGUGCUCCUCUGAAGGUCAACCACCUCAAUCCUGUCGUCAACCCUGUUCGCAUCUCCGACAAGUGGAUUGGCCCCAAUGUGACAAAGAUACCACUUCCGGGCGAGUUGCAUACCGCCACGGGAGUGCUGACGCCGAUCAUCGACUGGCUGGAGCCCGAGAGCACCUUCGUUCCCAUGUCCGACCAGACCAAGGCAGAUCCGAUGCAGCCCGACCCGUCGCUUCUCGGGCCUCGUCUCCCGGACGUCGCGUUUCACGCGACCUUCGACCCCCCCGUCCACAUCCCAGAGUUCAUAUGGCUUCAACUCCGGCAAAUGGGCUGCGUGCUGGACGAAUCGCCGCUUAAGCACCCCAUGACCGUGGACACCUUUGACAGCCUUGUCCUCCCAUACCCCCCGGGCCAUGGCCCCGACGGAGGCGGCUCCAGAAGUAUCACCAUCACCAAGAGAACCCCAAUUAAAGAGGAUGCGACACCUGGCAAAUACUCGCUCAAGCGGCACGCCACGUCGCUCUACGUCUAUCUACCGGAACCGAGCCGGACGCUGACGGGCAUGACUUUCUCGCACCCGCAGCAGCUCAUCUCCAUUCUUCCCUCGCUGCGGCAAUAUGUCUUCCUCGCCACGCUUCUAGAAAACAGUUUCAAGGAACUGCCCGACGUUGAAGACUGGAUCGACCCAGCCGACAAGAAACCACCUCCCACCCCUGUCACGAGAAGCACCAUCAUCACGAACCAGACCGCCUACUUCAACAUGACAGCCCACCCAACCACCAUCAAGAACGAAGCCUCUCCCGCUCCCUAUCCAGAGAAAACGCAGGGUUUUAAAGAAGACGAAGAAGAACCUCCGCUGCGCAUCGACACGACCCUGACCAUGGACCCCGUCCCACACCUCAAAGUGUCCUUCCCCUUUAGAAAGGACAACAAUAUCAAUAUCAGGGCGUCAUCAGCCGACGUGGAGUUUGAAAUCCACGAGAACGGGGCGGUGCACGUGCUGUCGCAGAACGUGCUGACGGAAGCCAACGGGAACCUGGUGACGCGCAACGGCAGGCAGAGGAAGGCCGAGGACGUGGCUGCCUUGCUGGAGCGGCUCAAUGGGGAUAUUGGGAGGUGGGUUGAGUUUAUGCGGUGUUUCUGGGCGCCUCCGGCUCCGGCUCCGGCUCCGGCUCCGUCUCUUGUUGGGCGCGGGUGACUGAAUUACUCGGCUUCUGUGGGGUGCUGGUUUUAACUCGGCUAGAAAGGGGCGGAGGUUAAGCCGGUGGCGGCUUGGGUGAUUGUGAAUACGACGGGGAGGAUUUGAUUGCAUGGGGGGUGAGAUGGUUGAAAAGGGAUCUUGAAGGUGGGGUGGAAGUGGUGUUGUUGAUGGGAUGAGUUGGUAUGGAUAGAUUAACUAGGGUUGCUGGUGGUGGUCUGGCUGCAACAGAGGGUUGACUUCUGCUUUACCGGAGGGUUGACUUCGGACAUUGACUUUGCUGGAGGUUUGACGUCCAGAGAUCAUUCAGGACACCGGAACACAUUGUCGAGGAGGGCACGAAGAAGGCUCGCCGUGGAUUUUCGGCAGGGGGAUGUGGAUGGGCAGACAAAAGCCUUAGCGAGACUAAUAUGAUACCAUCUACAGAGUUAUUUGUUUACAAGUCACUGGAUUCGGACACGGGGAAAGGGGAGGACAGGAAAAUGCCCAAAG